AUGCAAAAUCAUCUUUCAACGUCUCCUGGCUUGAGUUCAUAUGACAUCCAUUUUUCAUUUUUAAUACAUCCGGCUGAAUUCAAACGUUUUCAAGUUACGUGAAUGACUCCCAAAGAUUCUCCGAGCUCUUUUUGUCUUGGUAAACCACACGAUUAUAGUUACAGAUAAAAUAAUAAUAAUCCGGCAGUCCUCUAAUGAGCAACUUCAAUUAAUAUGCAGUCUUUAUAUACCCUCAACGACAACAUUCACUUGUUCAUCGCUAUUAUCAAUUUCCUUACUAAUAUUAAUUAAAUUUGUCAAAUUUCCUCAAUGUAGCGCCGUUAAAAAUUCUCUCUUCACCAGUGGCGUAGAAAGCACAAUCACAGCCAAUACAAAAGCUCAAGUCAAGAGGCAUGCAAGUACCACAUAAUGUCUUAAGAUGCUUACAGGUAUGCGUUUGUAUUUGUCUCCUUUUCAAAUGGUUUGCCUCUUUGCCUCUUACACCUCCGCAUCUGCUCGCUUUCAUGUGUAAAAGGCUCAUUGUGUGCGACACUAAACGGAUUACACGUUCAUUUCAAUUCAAGGCAAAAGGCAAAGCAGAACAACUCAAUAUAUUUCGCAUUAAUAUGAAAGGAUACUUAAGAAUAUUGGAACAUGAAUAUAUGCAUAUAUGUUAUAUGUAUAUAUAAUAUAACUACGAGCAUAUGUAUGUAGCCGCAUGUCUCAGAAAAAGUACCAUGUAUGGAGGUCCUUAUUUUUAAGUGCUUGUACUGUUGAAUAUCUUACAUUUUAGUAGAUGGAAAGAAGCAAGCAUUAUCUUUCAACGCUUAUUCAAUGAAAUUAUAACUAUUUUCAUUUCGUUCUAUAAAAUAAACUCAGAUUUCAAAUACUUAUAGAAGCUGCCUUCGAUUCACCAAGCGUUAUCGAGUAGUAGAAUGAACAAACAGUAGUCAGUAUUCAAAAAUUCUGGCAGUAUUUAUGAUGCAUGCGCAGUGGAGUUUUUGCUACUUUUUUGUUGGAGAAAUAAUUUUUGCUUUACUAUAUAACACUCCAUUAUCCCCUUGGCUUCAACCAGCAUACAUAUCUUACAUUUUCUAUAAAGAAAAUUCAAUUUGGGACUUAUUUGUAUACUCUCCUUUUUCGAAUUGUACUUGCUACCUUUGUUGUUACUUUCAAACAUCAAUUUUUUGACAAGGGCGCAAUGCUCAAAGGUAGUUAGAACGCGAAUUGAUGACGGUGAUAGGGAAAUACCUGCUCAUGCGAACCAACACACGUACAAUGUACUUGUGUUAGAUAUAAUGAAUUCGCGUAGCUUAAUGAGGUUUUGUGCUCUUCUCUUUUAAGCUUCGACACUGGAUUCUUCAGACUUCUUUGGAGUCUUAUGCUAGAACAUUUUAAGCCGCAAGAAUCAGUUUAUAUCCCAUAGCACUUUGCAAAAGUAUCUAACUAUAUCUGAAAUCCUUGUUGCUUGAUUUGCUUGAUGAUGCUGUCUUGAGACUACACUAUCUGACCCACCUUAGAUCUACCAAGCGCCUUUGGGCAACUUUUUUCAAUAUUCCACCAUCUUCAGUCUGAUUUCUAAACUUAUUCUCUGGUAACUAAGCGAAUACAGGUAUUCUUAAGAAUAUACUCAUCAGUGCAUUCGGCACACCCGUGUGGCACGAUGUGAUGGUGCCGACAACACCUGCCUCUAAAGAAUGUGUGUAGUAUAAUAUUUAUAUGCUCUCCAUAAUCUUACUCAUUUCAGAAGGGAACAGAUCUGUUAUUAUCAACAUAAGACCAUCCGUAAGUGCCACUGUUUAGACUGUUCCGGACUUGUGGAUUUAUACAUUCAGUAUAUAAUUAAUAUAUAAUGUACAAUAUAUCAUUUUACUUUCGAAGGGAGAAAUUCAGAUUAUUGAGGUUGCUAACGAUGAUUUCUGCACCGCUAAUGCCGUUGUAGCAUUACAACUAUAGCAUUGGGCUUCCAUAAAUAUUAUAAAAAACUCGUCGGUAAAAAAUGUUUGGCUUCUAUCGGCCGCUUUUAUACAUAUAAAUGUGUUCUUUGCACGAGACCUUAUCAAGUUUGGCGGACUCGCUAGAGACAGAAAUUUGAUUGCCAGAAGUCCACUUUUAUUGAUAUAACUCUAUUUCUUGCUUUAUUUUCUAAGCAGUUUCCGAUUGCCACGAUUCCACCUUUCUUUUAAUAAUUUUGUCUCUUGGUUUAUCUUCCCGGCAGCUAUUCUUUGAAGCUUCUCUGUAGAAUAUAAGCUACAUAUAUAUAUUCCUUUUUUUCUGUGGAUGAUCGAAAUGGACAAUAUGCCGUAAAAAAAUGGAACAUUCGUAUUCAGUCUCUAAUCUUUUAUAGUUGUGCUAAGGACAACAACUAUAUGCUGAUUUCUAUACUAAGCGACUUCGGUACUGUGACACAAAAAUUUAGGAGGGAUACAUUAUGGUUUUCCGCGUAUCUCUAGCAAUACCACCAACAGAUGGCGUUCUAUUUUACCUGUAAAGCUUAUUCGUGAAAGCUUUAGGUUUAGUACAAUAACUAUAUCUCAUAAGCUUUUAGAGCUUUUUCGGUCACUUAAUGUAUUUGUUUAUCAAAGUACCACACUAAAAGCUUCAGAGAACUUUCCUAUACUACCCGAAAAGCUCAGCUGUUUAUUUCCACAUAAAUUAGUAAUGAUAAAGAACUUGCCACAUGCAGGUGAGCGUUUUGAAUCCCAAAGGCCCGCAACUACACUUUUGAAAUCAGAUGCAUUUCAUACGCGCUGCUGGUGGCUGCCGGUGCAGUUGGCGCUUGGACGCAGUUACAAUAGUUCAACGACUCACAAGUGGCAAAUAGAAUAUAUUUAACGAGCAAAUAAACAGAGUCGGGAUUCAAACUGAUUAGCUGAAGGAUACGCUAGGUGAUUUGAGCUCGUGAUAGCUGUGAUUAGUAGCUAAGCUGUGGCAACUUAGGCAAAAGAGAGCGUUGAUUAAAGCGACUUGUGCGUGUGUGAAGUGCUAUGAGAAAUGUUAGUAAAGUGGCAUUAAAACAAAAUCCUCAGGUGUUUACGCGUCUAAUCAAAUAAUAUACAUAUAUACACGUGUAUAUGUGUGUUAGUGCUUUUGUGUGUAGUAAGUGCGUGAGCUCCGAUGACAGUCCUCAGCCUUAGCACUCAUGUGUCAAUCAAGACAUGAUUGAUUCUGAAAUAAAAGGAAAAAAAUAUAGAUUUUUGAAUAUAUAAAUUGUUUUUAAGUAUAAAAAUUAAUGUAUUAAUAUAUAUCGACAUAUGUACCAUAUUUAAAAUAAGAGUGAAAUUGUCAACACAAAAUAAAUAUUCUUGCCACAGUGCAAUUAAUAUAAUUUGUAUUCCAACAAGAAGCCAUAAUAACAUUCAUAACCACUCGCCAUGCAUAAACCAUAAAAUAUUAUUAAAGAGCCAAGCUUUAAAAAUAUACAUAACUACAUGUGUGUGUGUGUAUGUAUAUAUGCAACAGUAAAUGUAUAAUUGACAGCGGAAUACGAAACGUGUCAUUGUGCUAAUUGUAUUUUUUCGAUUUUGCCGGCUGCAUAACGGGAAAUCAAUGUAUCAGUCCACGUGCUCUAUUCAAAUAUCCUAACAUAUAUGCAUGUGUGUGGGCACGUGUUCGUGCAUGUACAUGCAUGUGUGUGUGUGUUAAAAGUGCAUGCAUUGCAGUAAGGAUGCGGCAACUAUUCGGUCAUGCUCGGUGUUGUCCAUGACCCUCAACGUAAACGACACGGGCGUUUGCAGCUGUAUUUGCGCUUGUAAGUGCAACGGUAACUAUAACGUUGCCGCUGCUUCUCUUCGAAUACUUCCUGCUUUCCUCAAAGCCCAUGCAACCACCUUGACAACAAGCGUCCUCCAAAAACUUCCGGCUUAUAUGCAAGUGUAGACACAUCGCGAGACAAGUGCAACAACAACAGCAACGAGACAUAAGAAAAAUCAACUGAAAUUCUCUUUCACAAAAAAACACAAAAGCAAAGAAAAACUUUGCAAAGCAAUGUCAAAUUGCCAAGCGGUUGAAUCGAGCAGAGAGCAGUGAUUGCAUUUUGAGUGGCGAGCAGCAGGAGUUCAAAUAUUGCUAGCCACAACAGCAGCAGCGUCAACAACAGUAACGCCAAUUGAGUGCAAAUUGCGUGUUGACAACACGCUGCACACGACAGCCACACAUCAUAUGCAGUUUUAACGGUUUAAUUUGGAAUUCAUACCGCUACCGAGGAGCAUAAGCAACAGACUGAUUUAAAAGGCGCUUCCUUGCGCUUUCACCAAACGCGAUUAGAUACACAAGCAGAAUUAUACUGCACGUACACACACACAUUCCAGUCGCUGUUUUCUUCUUUAAGUAGUUUAUACUAAACACAAAUAUGGUGCAUGCACCAGCACAUAAAAACAAUAAAAACUCAAAUGGCAAUUGUGAUUUGGUGGAGGAUGUGCUGUCACCGGUGCCACCAGAUGGCGGCUGGGGUUGGAUGGUCGUCUUUGGAUCGUUUAUGAUACACAUCAUCACCGAUGGCAUGACGUACUCGUUUGGUCUCUUCUAUGAUGAGUUUCUGACCUACUUCAAUGAAGGUUCAGGCUAUACGGCCUGGAUUGUGUCCAUUAUGGUAGGCGUUACCUACGCUUCAGGUCCCAUCUCGUCGUCGUUUGUCAAUCGCUACGGUUGUCGAGCGGUCACUAUAGCCGGUGCUAUAUUUGCCUCCGCCUGCAUUGUGGCCAGUUUCUUCGCGCAGAAUGUGCUCACACUCAUCUUUACAAUUGGUAUUGGCACAGGUUUUGGACUGGGUCUCAUCUAUCUGCCAGCCAUUGUAAGUGUGACAACGUGGUUUGAGGCGAGACGUUCGCUUGCCACCGGCAUUGCUGUGUGUGGUUCCGGUUUCGGCACAUUCGUAUUUGCGCCGCUCACCGAAUAUCUGAUCGGUUCGUUUGGUUGGCGUGGCGCUAUGCUUAUCAUUGGCGGCAUUGUACUGAAUUGUAUAAUAUUCGGAGCGCUCUUCCGACCUUUGGAGGCGCCAAAACCAUCUAAAGCGCAAAAAAGCGAUAUUAUUGACAAUAAUACAACGACUGCUGAACUGAAGCCACUCAAACCUGGCACGACUGAGGGUGAUCAAUAUUUACAGUUGCCGCAACGCGCUGACGCGGCUUUGUGUCGCUCGAACAGCGUGGGACAUGGCUUCAAUAGCAACAAUUUACGACAGCUGCGUCCCUCUUUGGCGCGUUGCCGGAUGCUCUCGCUCGACUUGACCAUGCUGUUAGCGCAAGUAAAAUGUAGUUCGUUCCCAACACUUAACGCUGAUUCCCAAACAAUUGAAACAGACCUUACUGCACUCCUGUUAUAUACAAAUAACAAUCAGGCUGUGAACAAUUGCGCCAAUGGCAAGAUAGCAUGCCCAACAAUCGCUCAAAGCACCAGCAGCACGGAUAUGGUGCGCCAUCGCAGUCAGCCACAUUUAGAUCAGUUGACGCCACCGCAAGAGAACUGGGGCAGUGGCACCAUGUAUCGGCCGGAUAUUCUGUAUCAGGGUUCCAUUCUCAACAUACCAGAGUACACAGCCUCACGUCAGGACCUUGCCAACUCCGGCAUGAUGAAGCGUUAUGGUUCGGUGCACCACAGUGUGCGCGGCAGUCAAAAUGAUGUAAGAAUAAAAUGCUGCGGCUGCAUCAGCUGCUCCCAAGAGACCCACGAUACUUUCGUCGAAAUGAUGAAUUUCUCGUUGCUAAAAGAUGCCGUCUUCAUGGUAUUUGCACUGUCGAACUUCUUCACCAGCAUCGGCUUCAAUGUGCCCUACAUUUACAUAGUCGCCCAGGCUAAAACGCUCAACAUAAGCAGCGCACAGUCCAGUUACCUGAUUGCCACAAUCGGUGUGGCGAAUACCGUGGGCCGAAUAGUACUCGGCUAUUUGGCGGACAAGCCAUGGGUCAACCGUUUGUGGGUGUACAACGCCUGUCUGACGCUGUGCGGCAUCUCUACUGCCUUGUCACCGCUUUGCACCGGCUUUUAUACGCUCGCUGCUUAUUGUGCCGCUUUCGGUUUCACCAUCGGCGCCUAUGUGGGCCUGACCUCCGUCAUAUUGGUCGAUUUGCUCGGUUUGGAGAAACUGACCAAUGCUUUCGGUUUGCUGCUGCUCUUCCAGGGCAUCGCUUCAUUCAUCGGACCACCAAUUGGCGGUUGGAUGUAUGACAUCACCAAUUCAUAUGGGCCCGCCUUCCUUAUGGCCGGCAUUACAAUUGCCAUUAGCGGCGUCAUGCUCUUCGUCAUUCCACCCUUACAAAGACACCUCGAGUCCAAGGCUAAGCAGAAGCAGCAAGUCACAAGUGCGCGAAGCUAAUGUGGUCUCUUGGAUCUAGCCAGGUGCAAGUUUUCUCUCCGUCUGCUUGCAGGAGUUUGCUGCAAUUUUUUAGAUGUUUUUCAUUCGCUUAAGCGUCUUUUUAAAUUUAUUUAUAAGUGACUAUAUACAUAUGUAUAUAACUAUGUGUGAAGCUACUUACUAUAUAGCUAUGUAUGUAUGUAUACACAUAUAAACAUAUGCAUAUGUAUGUAUGUUUCUUUGAGAAAGAAGUGACCUUUACGGUGCAACACAAAUAUAGGGAAACAAUUUUGCCUUUAAUAUGUAUGUAAUAUGUAGUACAUAUGUAAUCUGUAAUAUUUAUGUAUGCCUGCAUAACUGUAAAUUUAAUAACUGUAGCCAGAUAUAUACAUAUGUACCUAUUAGGAUCUUCAAAUUUACUUUAACUGCUAGCAAAGCCGUUCAAAGUGCAAUGAAUUUAGUCAUAUUUUAUUAUUGUUGUUGUUGUAAGCUACAUAUAAGCAAAACUGUCAUAAAAACAUAUGAAACUUACAAAAACAUAUGUAAGUGCAGAACUUGAAGAAUUUAAUAUAUCUAAGUGUUAAAAUACUAUUUUAUUAAAAUCUUAGCGGAAAUAAUAAUUUUCUUCAAAAAAUAAAAAAAACAAAAAUUAACUAAAAUAUUUACCACAACUGUAAGUAUGAACGCUCAGGUUUACAUAUCAAAUGCUCAAACUGAAUGUAUAAGAAUUACAAACGGUAUUCAUAAAUUGUUAUCAAAUAUAGUAAUAAUAUAAUAAUUAAAUAGAGCUGCUCAAUAUUAAAAAAAAAAUCUUUUAAAAUUACUAAAAUAAUAGAACACAUAAUUAGCAAAAUUUAGUUAAUGAAAAUUUUUUGUACUAAUUUUUGAUAUAUUUUUAUUAAUUUCUUAUAUAUUUUUAUUUAAUAUUAUAAUUUUCUUAAAAUUAAUUUUCAAAGUUUAAGUUAAAAUAAAAUUAAGUGGCAAUACAAAUAUAAACAAAACUUAAUUAUGUUCAUACACUAUGAAAAAAGAAACAAUUUUUAUUAAAUAAAGAAAUAAUUACAAAAAUA